AUGGUCAUACAGGCAGCCCUAGAUGGUCCUAGGAGGCCCUACAUGGUCCUUGAUGGCGAUAUAGACAGCCCUAGACUGAGGUCACCCUGCCCACGGGCCAGCAGGAGGGAGCGAGUGGAGCAGGGCCAGAGCCCCGGCCCCACCAAUCAUCCCCCAAACUGGACGCCGAAGUUCACUUUAGUUGCAACUCUUCUCUCUCCCCAGGUGGUAGAGGCUUAUAAGCAAGGUCUCAGCCCGGCCGUUGGCUAUGAGCUCAAUCCCUGGCUGCUGUGUCUCGCCAACUACCGGGCCUGGAAGGCUGGGUACCACGGGAAGGUUUCCUUCCUGAAGAAAGAUCUGUGGAAGGUGAAUCUUUCUGAUUGCUCCAAUGUGAUCGUGUUCCUGGCCCCCAGCGUGAAACCUCCUUUAGCUGCCAAGCUCCUGGCAGAACUCCCCGACGAAGCUCGGGUGGUGGCUGGACGCUUCCCUUUCCCCUCCUGGCCCCCCAGCAGCACCCUCGGGCAGGGCCUGGAGCAGGUCUGGGCCUACGACAUGAAGGAGGUGCGACGAGCAGCGCAGAGGGAAGCCCCGUCUAACGGCAGCCUCGUUAAGCCCCGUCAUUAAGGGUCAGCUUGGGUAGAGGGUCAGAGCCUCUCCAGCUCGGGACGGCAGCGAGAAGGCUGCUUGGCCAGGCGUUUUCUCCCGGGGGACAUGCAGAGUGGUGGUCCCUCCUCCCUCUUCCGAGGAGCAGGCAGUUUGGGGGAAGAAAAGGAGGGGAAAAUCCCACCUAGAAAUCCUGGAAUUCUCACGAGAUUUAAGGGCUCAAAUCUCCAGUGCCUCUUCAGCUACGUUUGUUACUUUAUUUUUAGUUAAUUUUCCAAAAAUAAACAUUUGGACGCUUC